UUUAGCUCAUUCUCAAAAGAUCUCUCUCGGUCUCAAGUCUCAAAAUCCAAGCAAAAAUGGCCCGUGAACGCACCUACAUCAUGAUCAAGCCGGAUGGCGUCCAGCGUCACCUGGUGGGCGAGAUCAUCAAGCGCUUCGAGACCAAGGGCUACAAGCUCGUGGCUCUGAAGCUGGCUCGCCCGUCGGUGGAGCACCUUGAGGCUCACUACUCGGACCUGAACGGCCGCCCCUUCUUCCCCGCUCUCAUCAAGUACAUGAGCUCGGGCCCCGUGACCUGCAUGGUCUGGGAGGGCACCAACGUCGUCCUUGAGGGCCGCAAGAUGCUGGGCGCCACCAAGCCCAGCGAGUCGGCUCUGGGCACGAUCCGUGGCGACUUCUGCGUGGACGUUGGCCGCAACGUGUGCCACGGCUCGGACUCGGUCGAGUCGGCCGAGAAGGAGAUCGCUCUGUGGUUCCCGGAGGGACUGGUCGAGUGGAGCGCCCAGGACGACGAGUGGGUGUACGAGAACUGAAAUGUUGUCGCUCCAGUCGUCACACCAGCAGUGAAAGAAGCCGAGACAGAGCUCCCAGCCACAGGAUGCGCGCACUGUAACCUUCUCUAACUGUAAUCGUAAUUCCGUAAUGAAUGCUCUAUCCUUGGAUAUUGACCUUGGAUUGCUCUUUCUUUCUGGACAUUUUGUUUUGUGUUUUUUUUUAAAUGAUUUUUAAAUUUUUGGAGA